AUGUUCAACAAGGUCUUUUUGUACGCUGGCCUAUUCUGCGCACUCACCUCCGCAGUCAUAGCAGUCGUCGAAGUCAUCCCAGGUCCUGGAUUCCCGUCCCUGGAGUCUCUCGGCCUCACAUCUGAGGAGCUCUUUGCCAAGGGUCCUCCUCCUACCCUCACUUCGCGGAUCACCGGACUCCAAAAGCGCUACGAUAACGUCUGCCAGACUUGGAGCACGGCCAGCGUCGACAAUGUCAUCGCGUGUUUCAACUAUCUCGAGGCCCUCGGCACCCAGGCAUGCGGUGUCACCCAGAACGUCAUCAUGUGCACUGCAGGAGAUGCGGAGAUCAGUGGCUCUAAUAUUUCUGGCGGCCCCAGUGCCAGUUCAUACUGCUCGGAUGCCGCUUUGGGGGUGCAGUGGAUCUUCACGUACUGCAACAACGGUGGCCAGGUAGGAGGCUCAGCGGCUGCCAAUGGAAACGGAAACUUGAUCAUGAGCGUCGACAACAUCAGCUGGGGCUAA